AUGGCCGACGUAGCCAUGGCCAAGAAAGAGGAGCAGGAGUCCCAGGAAGCUCCCGCGCUGGAGCCGACGGAGGUGCCCAGCGCACCCAGUGAGCCGAUGGCCGCCGGGCCAACGCUACCGCAGCUGGCGCCGCGCACAGGCGGCGAUGAGAUUGCCCAGGAUGAGCUGGCACAGUUUCGAGAAUGGCAAAAGCAGAGGGCAGAGGCAAAGGCCCACGCCGCGCCGACCUCGCCACCAAAGAAGCAGAGGACCGAUGAUGAGGAAGACAUGGCCGAAUUUGAGGUGAAGCUCGUGGAACUUGACAUCAACUUUGCGGACCUGGACCCAGAACUGCAGAACAAGCUUCGGAGCAGCAAGAGCUCCCGCCGAGAUUUUCUGGCUAUCCACACAACAGACAGACUUUAUAAUCCCACAGAUGGCACAUGGUCGGAGCAGCCUACCACGAAGAAGAGAGAUUUUGGAAGCAUUACUGAAAGAGCCAUGCCAAACUUGACGGCAGAGGACAACGUGCAGCAAGCCAUGCUGCAGUACCACCAGAAGAGCAUCCUUCCUUCCUUGGACCAGUUGCAGAUGUGCUGCGAUCAAUUUUACAAGAUGGCACAACAUGAGUUCGCGAUGACACAGUAUACCCUGGACAGGCAUUCCAGCCAACUGCAGGUGCUGGAGCGUUCCAAGGCCAACAAAACCAUACUUUUGCUGGAUUUACCGCCAAUUUUCAACAAGAAGACCCUGGACGCAAAUGUUGGGUAUUAUUUGCAAGCCGCCGGCCUCCAAUGGGACCAGGUGGCGGCGAUGCACAAUCAUAUGGUUUCCUCCGCCUCUUCACUUGUUCGCCUGGAAUUUCUCACUGAACAGCAAGCUGCCCAGUUUAGGGACCAGAUGAGACAAGGUCGCCGUUACUGGCGCGACCCCCAGCAGCAAGACCACAAGAUCAGGAUUGAGCAGGAUCAGCCAUUGGAAGACAGAUUGGCCAUGCAACCGUAUUAUGCUCUACUUGACGUCCUUGCCGAGCUCUAUGUGGAAGAAACUGGAGAAGACACCCACGCCUCCCUACAGACCUGGAGGCAGACACUGCAGAUCUGGACCCCUAAGCGGGUGGAGCCCAAGCAACUUAUUGGGCAGGUGAGCUGCGUGCUUGAUCCGCGCUUUGCGCGCCGCUACUCAUGCUUGCUUUUGGUACAUGACAGAUUCUACGACGCGGCUCUGACAAGAUGGCAUGCAAAAUUUUCGCGGAGACUUCGGGAUACCUUAUUUCUGGCACAGGCGCUCAAGCGCGCCACUUCUGACCGCACGACUGUGCAACGCGCUUCCUACGACAAGGCCUUCGACCUCACUACUGCCUCCCACGCGCAGGCUUUCCCUUACACGGUGAUGCCGGUACGCAUUUCGGAUGAUCUGGCUUCUAUGCUUGAGUCUCACCCCAUGUUGCCUUUUCAAGGCGCUGGCGGCAUGACCGCCUUGACGGCCCAGGACCAAUGGACUCCCCAGAUGGGCAAAGGCAGCAGUCACCGAUCCUCUUACCAAGGAUGGUCCCAGAAAUCUGGAUGGUCUGACUACAACACAUACCAGAAGCCCAAAGAUAAAGGCCAGGCCAAGGGCCAAUGGAAGGAACGCGACCACGACUCCAGAACCAACUGGAAGAAGGACGACGACCAGGAUAACAAUGAUAGUUGGGGAACACCCAGUGCCCCCCGGUUUCAUGUGGAAAGACACGGUCCCCUGGAAGAGCAUCGUAAGUACUGGUCUUCUAAGCAGGCCCAAGACUCCUGGACCUCCCUUCCCACGGCAACGAAGUGCAUGGUAUUGCAGCUAGACCGUACGAACUUUAGCUCUUUUUCGCCCCAGCAACACGCCGCCUACUGGGUGGUCAGUGUUUUUGAAGCAGACCUUACGGCCACCUUUUACACAGCAUCCUGGUUUGCACAGUACUUUAAGGAAGUGUGGAGCAAACACUUUGAUGACCUAACGGCACAUUACAACUUGGGAGACUGGGCACGCAUAGUCGAUGUCUCCCAUUCCCCAAUGCUCCCCUGGGAUAGGCUGAUUGCUUCUUCCCUGUGGCUUGCCUAUGAACAGGCUAAGCAGGAACAGGAAAACCCCCCAGACCUGGCAUGGGACCAACCUUCACUUGAAUGGCUACUACAAGGAGCAUGGAAGCGCACCAGCACAGAUCUUUUUCAGACCCUCGCUGAGGAAUUUGUGUGGUACCUAGACAACGACCCCACCCUCAAAGCCUGCAUCCAAGCCACUCCCCCUUUCGACAACAAGGGUGUGGGAACUUCGGCAGGGUUUGGUUCAUUGUACUUUGAUGCUGUCUUUUGGCAGAUAGCCGCGGUGUAUGGAGUCCUCAGAGACACAAAGAAGUCCCAACUUCAGGCCCCCAACGAUCAGCUAGUCAAACUGCUAGAAUACAUUUUGCCGCUAAUGCAGAUUAGCACACAGGAGGUACAGGCGGUCCAAUGGCGGGCCCACGUCAACAAAGGCAACAUCAUGGAAACCUUGAUGUUAGCAUUAGCAGAAGGAGGUGCGCACUUGCUAGCGUGGCGCACAGCAUGGGACAUCCUGGAUCAGCUGGAAAGUCUUGAGGACGAGGCCUUGGCAGGCCUCAUCUGCAUCGCCUUGGAGCGGUACUCCCUGCAGAUGGCCAGGACUGACCUCACAAAGCGCACCGUCUUUUUUCCUUUUACGCGUUCUCGCCUCGCCCGCGGGAUCCGCAAGAGCGGGAGUGCUUCGCAUGCAGAGUCGCUCGGGCAAAAGCUCGGCGUUCGUGAAAUGUGGAUUGUCUGGCUGUUGAAAGGUGUCCGCAGGCCGAAAGAAGUCUUGUCCGAAGAGUUCUGGCAUGAGUUCUGUGUUGCGUUAGAGAAUUGGCUGGAAGGUGGAACUUUUUCCUGCAAUGAGCCUCCCAGUGCUUCACUUCCAAGUGAAUGCCCGGCGAAAGUUGGGCAGCACGAAGCCACUCCCGAACCCGGCAGCUUAGGCGAUCAGCUCAGCGGCAGGGGACAAGGCAUUUUUCAACUUCUUCACUCAACCAGUGCCAAUCGCUCAUCCCAUCCGCUGGACUGGCAUAGCGCAAGCAGCUGUACAGCGGUACUGGAGAUGUCUGGCAGUUCAUACACCAUUGCACCUGCUAUGUUUGCACAGAACCUCAUUAUGCUGGUGUUCUUCUCGCAGACAUCUCUUGCAAGUGUAAGGGAUCUAUCUCUUGGCAGUGGGCAGGCCACGUUUUGCGAUUGUUCGGGGUCGGAGCAGCUCCUGCCCAUGUUAGCGGCCUGCCAGCUAGUUCACCCAUAUAGGAGACACGAGGCUGGUACGUUCGUGACCUUCGACCCGCAGGGGAGAUGUGCACAAGAGCUCAAGAAAUCUGCUCCUGCAUGGCUCAAGAGAGCGUCCCAGGCCGCGUCGGCGACCGGCGACGAGAUGGCGUCGUCGGCAGUGGCGGACAGCUUCACCACACGGGAGGAUGCCAAAAAGCAGAAAGCCCUGCAGGAGGCACGUGCUGCCGGCACUGCCGCCCCGGAGACCGAUGAGUUCACGGGAAAGAUGAUCAACCCGCACAACCCAGAGUUCAUCACAAAGGCACCCUGGUACCUGAACCAAGAUCGGCCUUCGUUGAGACAUCACCAAGCAUGGAAUACAAAGUCGAUGGGCACGAAGGAUUGGUACAUUCGAGGCACCAAAGGUGACGUCAAGACCAAGUUCAUCAAAGGUGCCUGCGAAAACUGCGGCGCCACAACCCACACGAAGAAGGAUUGCGUGGAAAGACCCCGCGCGAUCACCGCCAAGCAGAAUGGCAAAAACCUCAUGCCCGAUGAGUACAUCACGGAGUUAAGCCUGGACUACGACGGCAAGCGCGACCGCUGGAACGGCUUCCAAGCAGACGACUACAAGCAAGUCAUCGAGGAGUGGGAGCGGGUCGAAGCCGAGCGAAGGCGUGUGAAAGCCGCGGAGAUGGAAGAGCGCGCGAAGCUGAAAGAGCGCCUGAAAGCUCAAAAGAAGUUGCUGAAGAAGAAGCGCAAGCAGCGACGGCGACAGCUGCGUCGGCAGGCAGAAGGAAGAGAUGACGAUGACACAGACACCGGAGACUCUGACACUGGAGAUUCGGACACAGACACCGAUACCGACAGCGACAGCGAGGCUUCCGACGACGAGGACCUAGGCGAGAAGCUCAAGGACUUCGACAAAUCGACCUCGACCGUGGCAGCAAAGGACGACAAGCUGCGGACCACGACGAGGAAUCUACGAAUCCGGGAAGACACUGCCAAGUACCUUUUGAACUUGGACGUGAACUCCGCCUACUACGAUCCGAAGUCCAGGUCCAUGCGACAGGAUCCUCUCGCUCACCUCAAGGACGAGGAGAAGGGGACUGCUUUCCGCGGAGAUAACUUCCUGAGGCAGUCCGGCGACUCCAAACAACUCACGGAGCUCAUGUGCUUUGCGUGGGACUCCUACAAACAUGGUGAGAAGAUCCAUGAUACAGCCCAGCCAACUCAAGCAUUGAAGAUGUUUGAGGUGUACAAAAACCGGGCCACGAACUUGAAAGAUCAGCAGCAGAAAGAGCUCAUGGACAAGUACGGCGGCCAGGAACACAUGGAAGCACCAAGGGAGCUGAUCUUCUCCCAGAACGAGAACUAUGUCGAGUACGCUCGUGAUGGGCGUGUGCUCAAGGGCCAGGAACGGGCCUUGACCAAGUCCAAGUACGAAGAGGACGUCCUCGUAGGCAACCACUCCUCAGUUUGGGGCUCCUGGUUCUGUACAGUCACCGGAAGAUUUGGCUUCGCCUGCUGCCAUCAGACAAUGAAGAACUCCUACUGCGUGCCCAUCAAGAAGGGUGAUGCGCAGGCCAUUGAGGCGGGGGAGGAGGCGGAAGCGGAACGCCCCGAGGAGGCCGUGCCUGCCCUGGAUGAUGGAGCUGGCGUGGGGGACUUGGACCUCACUGGAGACUCCCCGGCUACCGGCAGCAGGGAAGCCUCCAAGCUCAGCGAGAAGAGGAGCUCCGCUUUCGGCCAUGUCUUGGAGGAAGUGGAGGAGUUGGACGCUGCCCGGCUUGCUUCGGCUGUGGAGUCUGCCAAGAAGAAGCAGAAGUUGGAAAAGAAGGAGGCGCGUGAUGGCAAGAGGGGCCUCACUUUGGAUGACGAGCGAAAUCGCGGGUACAACGCAGUCACCGGCGAGGGCCUGAACGACGAGAUCAGCCCGGAGGAGUACGAGGCCUACCGCCUCACGCGACAGCGGGCCGACGAUCCCAUGGCGCAGUUCAUGUGA